UUAACCCACAUAUUUCCUGCACCAAUAUAAUUUGAUUUAUCUGGCGGAACAUUGAAUUAGUUCGGAAUAAAGUAAUAAAUCGUUUUUCCCAAAACUCCAUAGUUGUAUAUUGAGUAUAGUAAGUUAGCACAGCCAUUUUCUCGGACAAUAAUUAUGUUUUCAUGGCGAAUCGUUGUGUUAGUUAUUGCAAUUGGAUUGUUUGCAAGUUGGUAUUUGGACACGCCUCUACCAGACGAUAUGCAAGAGAAAUGGAAGGUCAGAAUCAUAGAUGCUGGGAUGAGAACUUAUGGGCAUCUGAAAGGACUAAUGGUAGCUUUGGGCAUUAUAGAGCCAUUUUCAGUGAUGGAUCGAUGGCUAGUUGAUAAGUUUGUAAUUCUUAUGACUACCGGAAAACCUUGGGUUCAAAGGGAAGAAAAGGCAUUACAGAUCAGCGACCUUUACACUGAUGAAAACAAAAUCCAAAUGAGGAUGUACGAGCCAAAGACAACAUUACACCAAGAUAAAAGGCCAGUUUUCUUCUAUUUCCAUGGCGGAGGGUUCUCAUUGAUGUCAAUAGAAUCGUAUGAUGCCUUGGCACGGAAAUUAGCACGUGACAGCGGUGUGGUGGUGAUUUCAGUAGAUUAUCGACUUAGUCCACAACAUCCAUAUCCAACUCCAUUAAACGACUGCCUGGAAGCGAUUAGUCACGUGGUUAAGAAGUCAAAAGAUUUGCGGAUUGAUCCGGAUAGAAUAGCUGUGGGCGGAGAUAGUGCUGGCGGUAAUUUGGCUGCAAGUGUGUCAUUGCGCUUAAAGAAGAAGAUCAAACUUCAACUCCUUCUAGUUCCGGUUUUUCAAAUGUUUACAUAUAACACAACCUCUGUGAUUUCAAAUAAAAAAUACUUCUCCAAAACGGUCAAUAACUUAAUGCAAAUUGUGUUUUGGACGAACUAUAUCGGGUGCGGAAGUGAGUACAUUUCAAAUAUGAUAGAAAACAGGCAUACGUCGUCGGAACUAAAGUCAUCUAAAUAUGCGUCAUUUGUUGAUGGCGAAAAAUGGUUGAUCAGGAAGUAUAUUGAUGAAGACUUAAAGAGGAAAGAUUUGACUCAGAAAACUGACUUUGGAAUGAAAGAGACACCGGAUUGUUUAAAAAGAAAAAUGUUAGAUCCACUUAUUUGUCCGUUAAUGGCGGAUAAAGAGAUGUUUAAAGAUUUGCCACGUGCUUAUAUUAUGACAGCCGGAUAUGACCUCAUUAGAGACGACGGUAUAAUGUAUGCGCAGCGUUUAAAAGACGCCGGAGUUAGUUUAGAUUUAAUCAAUCACAGAACAUCAUUUCAUAAUGCUUUAACAUUUGUAGAAGGACCUUUGACUCUUGGAAUAGCCAAACAUACAAUUCAAGACAUUGUCAAUUAUGUUCAACUUCAUCUAUAGGGAUCUAUAUAUUAUAUUUAAAUUAUAACUGUUUAAUGUUCAUUUUAAGUAUGUGCUGUUUAAUGCAUAUACAUGUAUAUCAAAUAUUGAAAUUUACAUGACUACCAAUGUUAUUAAGAAACGUUAUUAGUAGGUUUCAGGUCCGUUUUUUUAAGUUAAAGAUACACAUUGUUAUCUGAAUAAUUCAAAUAUCGCGUUCCAAAUAAUUUUAUCUAAAUUACAUUUUCACAUCCCAAGAUGAGAUAACCUAUCUAUUUAUUUAUGGAAAAUGGAUUCUUUCGGGUAUCCCAAAGAAAGAUAAAUGCAUGAUGUAAUUUCAGAACUCAGGAAAUGUUAAAUGAAAAAAAAAUAAUAUGAUAUGCACAUCUAAGAAAGUUUAAUAAAUAAUAUUAAACGCUUAUUUUGCAAGUUAUUAUAUGCUAUGCAUGUAUAGGCAAUGUGAAUCGUAUUUUCAUCACUGCAAAUUCUAAUUUUUCUGAAUAUUUUCAAAAUAAAAUUUUCAAUUUUGAUAGCAAUAAUUCAAAUGUUAAUCAAUUUAUUGAUUACAAUGUGUAAUUAAUGAUGAUACAAAUAUUAUUCGUGUUUGUUUUAUUGCUGACUAAACAUAUUCAUUUUAACAUUUUAUCAAUUUCUAUAAUUUAUAUGUAUACAAUUAUUACAUAUAGUUGAAAAGCAUAAGCAAACUUAUAUAUAGUUCCUCUUCCUGGAUAACAACUAAUAUUCACAUAGAAAUAUGGCAGAAUA